CCGUGUUCAUUAGUGUAAUUUAGCAGCAAUGUUGCUAUUAAUAUUUCAACAGUGUUGAUAUAAAGCAUAUUGUAAUCAAUUUCUAAUAGUUUGAUUAUAUGGUAGCAACAGAUCGGGUAAAAAGCUCGAUACAGUAAAUAUUAUGAUACUUGACAAAGUAGCAGCCUAUUUUAAAUAUAGCGGCAGUGGUUUUCAAACUGUGCAAGGUACCCUCAAAUGACUCGGUAGGGGUGCCCCGAAAUAAUUCAAUACCGGGAUUCCCAAAGGACAGGUUCUAACUUAAUUUUAGAUCAGUCAUAAAAUUAUCUAUUUUAAAAAGUGGGAAUUCAAGUUAUAACUUUAUAACUUAAGAAAUGUUUAAUUUUGGAUUUGUAAAGCUUGUGAGAAAUAUUCUGAUUUUAGGUGCUGUAGAAAAAUUGAUACUCUAAGGGUGCUAUCAACUAAGAAAGUUUGGGAGCCACUGACUUACAGUAUCUUUACAUACGUAUAUCAACUAUAGUUCAUUCAAGUAACUUGAAGAUAACAUUUAUCAGUCUUUCAACAAUUACAACACUUGCAUACAGAUCAAAAAUGUCCAAUACCCGACAAUUAAUCAUGACAUUUAACAAAAUUCAACGGUUACCUAAACUUUUUAAUCGUUUUAACAUGCAUCGUCAUAUCUCAACUGCAUUUAUUUAUAAUGAAUUAUUAACAACCGCAUCGUGUAAAACAUACUCUAUACCUGUACAAUCAGCUUUGCACUUUUCAACUUCCAUUGUUGUUAAUAGUAAUUCAGAAACCAUGAGUGAAGGCAAAACAAGCACAUUUAAUCUUAAUUACACUGACAUUUUAGAAGCUCAAAAAGAUGAUAGUAUUUUGAUUAUUGAUGUUAGGGAGAAAGAGGAAAUCGAUGAAACUGGAAAGCUUCCAGGAAGUAUUCAUAUACCAAUGGGAGAAGUUUCAAAUACUUUGAUGAAUCUUUCUGAGCAGGAUUUUAAAGAAAGGUUCGAUAAAAAAAAGCCUUCAAAAGAUACAAAGAUUAUACUAAGUUGUAGAUCUGGGAAAAGAAGUGGUAUAGUUCAAGAGGAACUACAAAAAUUUGGAUAUGAAAAUGCAUACAAUUACGUUGGUGGGUGGUUGGAUUGGGAAAGUAAUCAAAAGGUAUAGAUACAUUGACAAUUAAUAAUAGAACUUUAUAUACUCAAACAUGUUUAUUGCUAAACUAUGGUUAUUUUAUAGAAACAAUUGAUUUUAAUUAGUAACUUAAAUAUAAUAAAUUUUAAUUAAUAUUUACAUAUACUUUAAU